AACACACAACCUACCCUAUAAAAAAAACAAAAUUAAAAAAAUAUUAUAACCUAAUUUGUGAACAGUGCUGUCAUUUUUAGACUAUUUUUUAAAGACUUUGAAGUAUUUGUAAUAUUGUGUUUUAAGUGUUAUUUACUUAGAAAUAAGAGUGAUUAUUGUGUGUUCACGUUUUGGAGAAAGUUUACGAAUAGUUGUCAUCUGCAAAGUGCUUGGAUGCGACGUAUUGUCAUUGUCAAAUUACGAAAUGAAAAUUAAAAUACAGACGGAUAAUAAACUUUUGAAAACGUGAACACAUAAAAAUUACUAGACAAAAUCAAUGUGUAAUUAAAUAAAGACGAUGAAGUGAAAGACAAAAUGGACAAAUGUGAACUAAAAUAAGAUAAAAGUGAUGAAGAUUGAGACGGUAGUGAUGUGAUGAGUGACAUCAAUGCUGACGUCGAUGUCCGAGGUGAUAGUGCUGGUGCAGAGUGACACUUACGACGUGUUCCGUCUGCUGGAAGCCUGGUGGCAAGGGCUGCUGUUGCUGGGCAGGUUGCUGCUUUGGUACUGUCGGUUGCUGCAGCAAGCUGCUUAUGAACUGAAGGUGCCUGAGGAGGCAAUGAUGGCGCCCAGCGUGUUCCAAAGGACCAAGUCACCGCGCACCUCACCCGGAAACUUGCCUAGAAAAUUACAGAACGGCACGGAAGCGUCUGGCCAAUCAGAUCCGACAGCUGAUUCCAGUCCUGGCAACUCCAUAUCUGAUGCUGAGAACUUCGAAUGCUACGGCGAAGGAGACCAUGAUGUUCCUGCUAAUACAUUAGAGAAUGGUACCCGAAGUCCUGGAAACCCUUUGAACAGACACUCUUGGACACGAACCAGCCUUAGGAGAACACCACCAAGCCAUCAGGAGAACUUGCCGAAUCGCCGUUGGGGCUCCAUGAGACACUCUGGGAAGCGACAAAUUGGCUCCAAUGUCUUAGCUAGCCAAUUAUACCGGUCGUCGUCAUUCAACUCGUCGGGCUGCGGUUCAGGCGGGGAACCAGCUGACGACAUGUACUCCGACGUAUCGUUGGAGGAAGAUGUCCAAGGCCUCAACUAUAAGGUGCAGUUACUCCAGCAGCAAGUGACAUCUCUAGCUGACACUCAGAGUACGGCUGACGAGCGGUACGCGAGGGCGAAGGCCGACAACGCAGUGCUGCAGGCUAGAGUACACAUGCUUGAUGAACAGAUCCGAGAGAUUGAAUGCCGGUGUGAGGAGAGUAUAGCGGAAGAGAAGCGUCGGAGUCGUGAAGCUAUUUCUCGUGUGGAACGAGAUCGCGACACGCAGCUAACUGCCAUCACUGACAGACUGAGUGCUGCUGAAGCUGAGGCUUCCGAACUUAAACAAGAGGUGGGACGACUCCGUGGAGUAGCUGAAACAUUGAGAGCAAACGCAGAAGCUGCAGCGCGGGCGCAUCGCGAGGCUCAGGAACAAGUGGCCGAACUAUCAGCAGCUCUUAGCAGUGCUCGUGAGGCUGAGCGAAGGGAACGAGAUGCGGCUGCCACGGCUAAUAGCCUGCUGGCCACAGCCAGGCAGGAGCUUCAAAGGAUGAGAGACGCUCCACCACCGCCACCAGACCCUCGCCUCGACGAGCUCAGGAAGGAGCUGACGUUGCUUCGGACACAAAAUAAAUCUCUAUCGGAAGCUCAAGAAGAGUUACAAGCGCAGAUCUUGACACGCGGCGUGGAGGAGGGUCGCAGUUUGCUGGACGGAGUAAGCGGCCCUCUCGUGGGUACCAACUCCCUCGCACACGAACUGUCGCAGAUGAGUGACGAUGAGCUCGAUGGUAACGAUACACAAUCUGAUCUCAGCAUAGAGAUGGAAAAGUUGCAGAAAGCUUUAAAGGAACAGCAAGACGUGAACGUUCAACUGAGGAACUACAUCGACGGGAUACUGCUAUCCAUAGUGGAGAACUACCCACAGUUACUCGAAGUCAAAUAUCAGAAAGCCCCGGGUGACACCAGGUCAUAACAUAGAACUGUAACGACAUUUUUAUUCUUUGUUAUUUUCAAUCGGUAAUCAAUUUAUUUGGACAUGUUUUAACAAUUUAUUUCUAUCUUUAUCAACAUUUGAAAUUAUAUUGGUUUGAUGUAGAUUGAUAUUGAAUACUGUGAUAAGAAAGAUAUUCAACAAAAUUAUUAUAAAUGGCUUUCUUUGUAAAGCCGUAUAGUCUUCUUCUUGGAAAUUAGAUUUAAUACUUUUAUAAACUGAAUUAUAUAUGUAGCGGAUCCUUUAUAUGUAGGUCGUAUAGAAAGGUGUCAAUAUAAUGAUUACGUGUAAGUUGUAAAUAUUGUGUAUAGAAUACUAUGUUAAGCAUUUUUAAAAGUUUAGUAAAGAUAUUGUUCCUUGUUAUUAUCUCAGACGUUUGCUUCGAAUGCAGUUGUCAGUUAAUAAUAAGUACUGUAUAAUUUAUUUGGAUGUAUUACAUUAGAUCUGUGCAAAGUAGGGGAAAAUAAUGAAAUUAUACUUUAACGACAAGGCCAGGCCGUCCAUAAAGAUAUUAAUGUAUAACUACUUAAAGCAAUUUUUGUGAAAGACUGUGCGAUUGAUAUACUUGGGUGCGUAGAAUAAAAUAUAAUGUUUUAUCUGAAUAAGAAAUGUAUGAACUACGCGAUAUAUUUACGGGUGCUCGGAAUUCACUUUCAAUUAACGGCAAAUUGUUUUAACAUCGACAAGUUGUACUCAAUGUAAUUGAAAGUGACUUUGAAGCAGUGUAUUGUAAUAAUUGGAGCCAUUUAAUACGAAAACUGUAUUCAUAGUUGUAUAUUACGUGUAACUGCAUACCCUAGUACCUAAAACAAUAAUUAUUUAGUAAGAAAGAUCAUGUACCUAUAUUUUUACAAUGAAAUAUUUAUAGAUAAGUUAGCAUGUAGCCAUAUAAGAAUUUGUGUACAUUUUGAUAACACUGUUCAUAAAUCUAACAACAAAAGAUGUCCUUUAACAGUCAUCAAAGUAAAUUAAACCAAUUAAUACAGA